AUGAUAAUUGGAGAUUGUGACGAGACCUUCAACUAUUGGGAACCGUUAAACUUAUUGCUACGUCAUUUUGGUAAACAAACAUGGGAGUAUUCUCCAGAAUACUCAAUUAGAUCAUACGCGUACCUUAUACCUUACUAUAUCAUUGGUAAUGUUGCACAACUAGUGAAACUAAAGCCGGUGGAGAUUUUCUAUUUAAUCAGAAUUGUUGGCAUUGCAGGGGUAACGAGUUUUUGUGAAUUGAAGUUUUUCAUAACGAUGAAUCAAUUUUCUUCUGAUGUAGCCAAUUGGUGGCUUGUACUAAGUUCGGUGAGUCCCGGGAUGAGCCACGGUGGCGUGGCGUUGUUACCUAGUACUUUGGCUUUGCAAUGUACACUAUUAGCGAAUACGUAUAUUUUGAAAGCAACAAAAGAUGUCAAUAGUAGGCGAUUGGAGCAAAAUUUACUUAAAGCCAUUGGCUGCUAUUUUGUUGGCGGGAUUCUUGGUUGGCCAUUUGUUUUGAGUUUGGGCGUACCUGUAGGAGUAUACACUAUUGGGCAAAUCGCUAACAAAUCGAUCAAAACAGUUGUUUUGCUCAAGAUAGCACUAAUUUGCCUAUUUGUCAUGGCACCAGUUGUUCUCAUCGACUCAUAUUUCUUACAAAAAUUUGUAUUUGUUCCUAUUAAUAUAGUGCUAUACAAUGUGUUUGGCGGGGAAGGGGAAGGACCGGAUAUUUUUGGAGUUGAGCCAUGGACUUACUACUUUGUGAACUUGAUACUCAACUUUCAUUUGGUGUUUCCAUUAUGCAUAGCAGGAAUACUUUUCAAUCCAAUACUUUGCAAUUUCAAGACGUUUUCAUUAUUUGUUUCUGCACAGUUGCUCAUUUGGUAUACGAUUUUCUUUAGUCAGCCACAUAAAGAAGAAAGGUUCAUGUACCCGGUAUACUCAUUGAUUUCAAUGCUGGCGUCUCUAUUCAUUUCCAAGUUUUUCACCACAAUUGAAAAGAGGAAAAUCUCAAGACCAUUUUACUUGUCUAUAAAACUUGUAUUUGUUAUGGGUUUGAUUAUAUUGUCGAGCUUAAGAAUAUUCAACCUUGUUGAGAAUUAUGCUGCACCAUUGAAAACUUUUAAUGCAAUUGCGCAACUUGAACCUAGCUUGAACUCUCAAGUAAAUGUUUGUAUAGGCAAAGAAUGGUACCAUUUUCCCAACUCAUUCUAUUUGCCGGAUGGGUAUAGAUUAAAGUUUGUUGAUUCUGGGUUUGAUGGUUUACUUCCAGGAGACUUUUACGAGCUGGGCAGUAUAAUUGAUUCCACAACAUAUAUUCCACCACAAAUGAAUAACAGGAACCAAUUUGAGAGUGAUAAGAUUAUUGGUUUACAAGAAUGUGAUUACUUUAUAGAAAACUCACAAUCGAACAGCCAGCCUCAAAUAUUGAACCCAGACUUGAGUACGAAUGGAGAUUGGGAAAUCUUACAGUGCGAUAAGAUAUUGAAUCCUAAUGGCAAGCACAGUUUUCUUGGUAAAGUACUCAAAACCCCAAAAUUUUUGGAGACAUUGAUACCAAAUAAGGUGGAGUAUAUGGAGUUUUGCGCUUUGAAAAAAGCAACUGCUCCACUAUUGAGCAGAGCGAGCUAG